UUCCUAAUGACUAAUUGUCAAGUUUCAACUUCUUAUUGCCGCCUCUAAGUAAUGGUUUCGCGGGGCGCUGCUAUUUAUUUACCCUUACCACACACACCGCCUAACCUCGGCAAAGACUGAGUGACGAACUAGGGACUUUUGCCCAUGAGUCAAAGGAGAAAAGGGAUUUUAGUUGUAAGCGCGAAAGCGCGAGGAAACUGGUUCAAACAGAGUCUUUAAGCUGCGCGCUCCCCGCCAUGACUAGCAUACGGGAAUGAAAAGCCGCUUAUUCCCAGGACACAACACUCACGAUCAACGUCCAUCCAGGUCUAUGACGCCACCCUCUCGACAGCAGAACGCAUGUCGCCCAACAACAGACUGUGAUGAUGGAUAGCAGCAUAGAAAAGGAGACGAGGUCCGACUCGUCGCGGAACGAAGGUGGUCUCGUAGGAGAAGAGACGCACCGGACAGGGAGCCGCGUCGGGCGCGUGCUGAGCCGCAUCGCGUCAGCGCCCACUGCGGAUCCCGGGCCGCCGCCUGACGGGGGAUACAAUGCUUGGAUGGCCGUACUGAGCGCGCACUUCAUCUUUAUGGAUACAUGGGGCUUCGUCAAUUCUUUCGGCGUCUUUCAGACAUAUUACGUCCAGCAGCUGAAGAGACCACCAUCAGACAUCUCAUGGAUCGGAUCCUUCCAAGUCUUCCUGCUCUUCUUCAUCGGCGCAUUCUCAGGCCGUUUCACUGAUGCAGGGUACUUUCGCCAUCUGUAUUUCUCCGGCUGUUUUCUCAUCCUGCUUGGCAUUUUCGCUACGUCUUGGUGCACGCAGUACUGGCAGAUCUUCCUCUCGCACGGCGUCUGCGUAGGUCUGGGCUUCGGUCUGGUGUUUUGCCCGUCCCUAGCGACGCUAUCAACUUACUUUGACAAGAGAAGGGCCAUCGCUAUCGGCAUGGCGGCCGUGGGAAGCGCGUCUGGUGGCUUGGUAUUUCCGAGUACGGUUCGACAGUUGCUGCCGCAGGUCGGGUUUCCAUGGGCCAUGCGCACACUUGGUUUUAUACAGCUUGCGACGCUGACUGUUGGGUUCAUCUUCCUGAAGCCGCGCAUACCACCGCGCAAAGCGAGCAAGAUGGUGGAUUUGGCGUCGUUCAAGGAACUGGAGUAUACCUUCUACACUGCCGGGGGGUUCUUUUCCUUCAUGGGGGUGUACUUUGCCUUCUACUACCUGGCCUCUUUCAGUCGUGACGAGCUCGACUUCUCGUACACGGACUCGCUGAAUCUCCUGCUGGUUCUGAACGGCAUCGGCUUCAUCGGCCGUCUAGGCCCAAAUUUCCUCGCUGACAAGAUCGGCACAAUCACCGUCUUCACACCCAUGGCUCUGAUCUCGGGACUCUUGACCUACUGCUGGAUCGCCGUCAAGUCCCCAUCGGGGCUCUACGUCUGGACCAUCUUCUUUGGCAUCGCGGGUAACGCCAUCCAGGCGCUUUUCCCGGCUGGCGUCAGCGCCUUGACGACGGACCCUAGCAAGCAAGGGACGCGCAUCGGGAUGGUCUUUACGAUUGUUGCGUUUGCGGUGCUCACUGGCAAUCCAAUCGCCGGUGCCAUCAUCUCUGCUACCGGCGGCCGAUACCUCGGCGCCCAGGCUUUUGCUGGCAGCUGCCUGAUGUUGGGGACAUUCUUCUUGACCUUGGCGCGAAUAGUCAAGACGAAAAAGAUUGGCAAAGGCUGGUUUGUCAAGGUCUGAGCUUCCUCGUUGGUAAUGGUGGAGGUAAGAAAGAGGAGGCUGUACAAUAUUAUAUAAAGCUGAGUGUAUAUAUCCAGUUAUCAUACCCCAUACUCGUAUGCUGGCAAAGAUUCUCACGCAAUUUAAGUCGUAUCUGUUACGACGGCUGUUUCUUCGCUAGAAUGUAACAGACCGAACCCGAGAGAGGGCGCGGCUGACUGAUCCCAAUUUCCUGAGCUAGCUUUCACUUUAUAAGCCAAUUUGAAUAACAAUCUUUAACAG